UCGUGCAUGUGUCCGUGUUACUCAGCGAGGUAGGGAGGAGAUCAAGGCCCGAUAGCCAAGAAGGUGAGCAAGAACCGUUUUCAGGGAUUCGCCUCGUCCGUCGCUGCGACCCCAGCUUUCUUGGCGCCUGCAAAGGGACACCUUCCACCGACUACAUGCGUGACAUGCCAUUGAGAGGAGGGUAUACACGUCUUUAUCCCGGGCUCCGCACGCCAGAGUGGGAUACACAUGUCGGCACAAUAAGGCACAAGUGAAGCGCCGCAGCCAUGGCGCUCAACAAGAAGGAUGAGGACGCUGAUGGCCUGCUGAAAGUGGAUCGAACCAGCGUAUUUCAAGAAGCGCGCGUCUUCAACUCAUCACCCAUCUCUCCCCGAAGAUGUCGAGUACUUCUCACCAAGAUUGCUCUUUUACUCUUCACCGGCGAAAAGUUCCCACAGCAAGAAGCGACAUCCCUCUUCUUUGGCAUAAGCAAGCUUUUUCAGAACAAAGAUGCCUCGUUACGGCAGAUGGUGUACCUUGUCAUCAAGGAGCUGAGCAAGGAUGCGGAGGAUGUCAUCAUGGUCACGAGCAGCAUCAUGAAAGACACAGCAGCAGUGGGGAGUGAUGUGGUGUACAGGGCGAACGCUAUUCGGGCAUUAUGUCGAAUCAUAGACUCGCAAACCGUGCAAGCAAUAGAACGCAACCUCAAAACUGCGAUCGUCGACAAGCAACCCUCGGUCUCCUCGGCAGCGCUGGUGUCUUCGUACCAUCUGCUUCCCAUAGCUCGCGAUAUCGUCCGGCGAUGGCAAGGCGAGACGCAGGAGGCAGCCUCAUCCACCAACCGUUCAUCUGGCUUCAACCUUGGCUUCGGCGCAAGCGCCGCAGCACAGUCGCAGCUUAGCGCAGCCGGCACCAACUAUAUGACGCAAUACCACGCCAUUGGCCUUCUGUAUCAGAUGCGAAGUCAUGACCGCAUGGCGCUCGUGAAGAUGGUGCAGCAAUAUAGCGCAGCUGGUGUUGUCAAGUCGCCUGCUGCGCGAAUGAUGCUCGUACGGCUGGCGGCCAAGCUCGCAGAAGACGACCCCAGCCUUCGCCGACCAAUGAUGAAGCUUCUGGACGAGUGGCUACGCGACAAGAGCGAGAUGGUCAACUUCGAGGCCGCCAAAGCCAUCUGCGCCAUGCCUGACCUGGCCGACAGCGAGGUCACGCAAGCCAUCCACGUCCUUCAGCUCUUCCUCACUUCGCCACGUGCCGUGUCAAAAUUCGCCGCAAUCCGUAUACUACACCAAUUCGCAACGUUCAAACCGGAUGCGGUGCGGUCAUGUAAUCCAGACAUUGAGGCCCUCAUCAGCAACACCAACCGAAGUAUCGCCACCUUCGCGAUCACCACUCUCCUCAAGACUGGUAACGAAAGCAGCGUCGAUCGGUUAAUGAAGCAAAUUAGCAACUUCAUGUCGGAGAUCACGGACGAAUUCAAAGUGACUAUUGUUGAAGCCAUUCGGACCUUGUGUCUCAAAUUCCCAUCAAAACAGGCGGGUAUGCUCACCUUCCUUUCCGGCAUAUUGCGCGACGAAGGCGGGUACGAGUUUAAGCGAGCCGUGGUGGAAAGCAUGUUCGACCUGAUCAAGUUUGUGCCUGAAAGCAAAGAGGAAGCGCUUUCGCAUCUUUGCGAGUUCAUUGAGGACUGCGAGUUUACGAAGCUGGCAGUCCGGAUAUUGCAUUUGCUGGGUAUGGAAGGACCGAAGACACCGCAACCGACCAAGUACAUCCGGUACAUCUACAACCGAGUUGUAUUGGAAAAUGCCAUCGUUCGCGCCGCUGCAGUGACCGCGCUCGCGAAGUUUGGCGUAGGUCAAACGGAUCCUGAUGUCAAGUCGAGCGUGCAUGUGCUGCUGACUCGGUGCUUGGACGAUACCGAUGAUGAGGUCCGUGAUAGGGCGGCAUUGAAUUUGCGAUUGAUGCAGGAAGAAGAUGAGGUGGCGAGCAAGUUCGUCCGGAAUGAUUCAAUGUUUUCUCUACCAGUGCUGGAAGAUCAAUUAGCACAUUACGUCAACGGUACCUCUGCGGAAGCGUUUGCCGAACCUUUUGAUCUAUCCAAGAUACCUGUGGUCACGCGCGAGCAGUCCCUGGCUGAGGACCGGACGAAGAAGCUGACAACCGCUACACCCACCCUCAAGGCGCCCUCCAUCGGACCGAAGAAGGCAGAAGCUGGCACAGCGGUCGCAGAUGCUGCACGCGAGGCAACCGUUGCAAGUCAAAAGUACGCGCAGCAGUUGCAAGCAGUGCCAGAAUUCUCGAACUACGGCGCCGUACUCAAGAGCAGCCCUGUGAUCGAGCUUACGGAAAGCGAGACCGAAUACGUCGUCAACGCCGUCAAGCAUCUGUUCAAGGACCACUUCGUACUGCAAUUCGACAUUAAGAACACAAUACCCGACUAUGUCCUUUCCGAGGUCAGCGUAUUAUGUACACCAACCAGCGGAGACGGUGAGGCAAGCACACUUGAAGAAGAGUUCAUCCUGCCCGCAACAAUGCUGAAGGUGGACGAGCCGGGUAUUGUUUACGUCUCCUUCACUCGACCUGGGGAUGCAGAUUUCGUGGCAGCUUCCUUUACGAAUGUGCUCAAGUUUACGGUCCGUGAGAUCGACCCGUCGACUUCCGAGCCAGAAGAAGGCGGCUACGAAGAUGAGUACCAGGUUGGGGACCUCGAUUUGACGGGCGCCGAUUACGUUCUUCCAGCUUUUGCAGGCUCCUUCGACAACAUCUGGAGCGGGCUGGAAAGCAGCGGCACAGACGAGGCGGAGGAGACACUGCAGCUUUCGAACGCGAAGAGCAUUGCUGAGGCGGUCGAGAUGCUAGUGAAGGCGCUUGGCAUGCAGCCGCUCGAGGGGUCUGAGGUUGCACUUAGUCCAUCAACGCACCAGUUGAGGCUGUACGGCAAGUCUGUCGGUGGCGGGAAGGUCGGCGCGAUGGUCAGGAUGGCGUACUCGGCCAAGAGUGGCGUUACGGUGAAGAUCACGGCUAGGAGUGAGGAAGAGGGUCUCGCUUCCUUGGUGGUCGGAGGCGUGGCGUAGAAGUAUGAUGGCAUGCUUGCGAUUUGAAAAGUCAUGCUACUUCCGCUCGCACGGAUGCACACUUAGCGCGCUUGACACCAUCGUCAAGGAACAGGCUACGAGCAAUCCGUAUCUUGGGGCAGCAGGCUUGUGGAGGGUAAAGAUAGAGGUUAUAAGGGGCGAAGCAGGAGUAACAUGAAUUCAGGAUCAACAGAGCGAAGGAUUUGAGCGCGUGUCGGCGCUUCGCUGGCGCUUUCAAAGCAACACCAAAGGUCUUCAAUCAACACGAAGCUGAGCUUUGUCGCCCGAAGCCUUGAAGCCCUCUGCAGUAUGUCUAACCUGCCUGAUUAAAAUCUACAAAGAGCAAUAUAGUCGACGCGCCAGAAGCGCCUGAGACGGCACCACCACAGUGCAGCCUAAGGCACGUUGUAGAUGUCCGCUUGUCCCGUUAGGCGAAGUUUCUAUUCGCAUCGCAGAAACAAUUCUCUAGCAUGUCUUCUCACAAGGCUAAG